GCUCACACCAACCAGCUCACAGCCAAAGAGCUCCUCUGUCCCUCUCACACUGAUCGAGCUUUAAACCCGAUUUUUCCCCAGAAAAAACUGAGACAUUACUCCAAAGGAAGUUAUUGCUCAAGUCUAAAGCCAGGACACUUGUAACCAAAGGAGAGGUGUGACACGGAGGAAGAGGAGCAACAGGUAAGGAGUGAAUCAGCAAGACCUUCACGAACUUUCCGCCACAGUUGAGAGGAGUUCAAGUUCCUGCACGUUUAUGACAGAAGAACUGGAGUUUCCUGCACCAGCUAUGACUCAGAGCAACGGGGAGAACCCACAGAGGACCCGCAGUGGUCUCCACCAGAUCCGAGCUGGGAUCCAGUCCCGAUCGCUGCUGGCCAGGAAGAGAGUGCAGAACAUCUCGAAGAAUGACGUGAAAGGAUUCUUCAUCAGAAAUGCCUUUGUGCUCUUUACCAUCGCUGCUGUCAUCAUUGGCAUAAUCCUGGGCUUUUCCCUGCGGCCUUAUAAAAUGUCUUACCGUGACAUCAAGUUCUUCUCUUUCCCCGGAGAACUGCUGAUGAGAAUGCUUCAGAUGCUCGUGCUGCCCCUGCUGGUUUCCAGUCUCAUCACAGGCAUGGCUGCUCUGGACGGCCGUGCUUCCGGUAAAAUGGGUAUGAGGGCAGUGGUCUACUAUACCACCACCACCGUCAUUGCUGUGAUCAUCGGUAUCAUCAUGGUGCUCAUUAUUCACCCCGGAAAAGGAUCAAAGGACGAGUUCAGCAAGCCGCAGAAGAUAGAGCAGGUCAGGCCCGCCGAUGCCUUCCUGGACCUUAUCAGAAACAUGUUUCCUCCUAACCUUGUGGAGGCUUGCACCAAACAGUUCAAGACUCAGUACGGCAAGAGAGUAGUCCAUGUGACGAUGACAGUGAAUGACACCAUGUUCACACUCAAUGACAGCAAGGAGAUAACCCACGAGGAGAUGAUCCCAGUGCCGGGGUCGGUUAAUGGAAUCAAUGCUCUCGGCCUGGUGGUGUUCUCCAUAUGCUUCGGGCUGAUCAUCGGGAGCAUGAGGGAGCAGGGACAACCCCUCAAGGACUUCUUUGACUGUCUCAAUGAAGCCAUCAUGAGGCUAGUCGCCAUUAUCAUGUGGUAUGCCCCUAUUGGCAUCUUGUUCCUGAUUGCCGGUAAGAUCACGGAGAUGGAGGACAUUUCAGUCAUGGGUGGCCAGUUGGGAAUGUACACAGUUACAGUAAUUUGCGGGCUGCUCAUCCACGCCAUCGUUGUCCUGCCAACGCUCUACUUCAUCAUCACCAGGAAGAACCCCUUUGCUUUCAUCGCUGGGCUGUUGCAGGCACUCAUCACAGCCCUGGGAACAUCCUCCAGUUCUGCCACAUUGCCCAUCACUUUUAAAUGCCUGGAGGAAAACAACAAGGUGGACAAGCGCGUGACACGCUUCGUGCUCCCUGUCGGCGCCACCAUAAACAUGGAUGGCACCGCUCUCUAUGAAGCCCUGGCAGCCAUCUUUAUCGCUCAGGUCAAUGAUUAUGAUCUCAACUUCGGACAAAUUCUCACCAUCAGUAUCACAGCCACAGCAGCCAGCAUCGGAGCAGCUGGAAUCCCUCAGGCAGGACUGGUCACCAUGGUGAUCGUGCUAACGUCUGUCGGCCUGCCCACUGAUGACAUCAGCCUUAUCAUUGCAGUUGAUUGGUUCCUGGACCGAUUGCGGACCACCACCAAUGUCCUUGGAGACUCCAUUGGUGCAGGUAUAGUGGAACAUCUGUCUCGCCACGAGUUGCAGAAAAAAGACCCCGAGGUCGGCAACUCAGUGGUGGAGGAGGCGGACAGGAAGCCGUACCGGCUCAUCUGCCAGGAGAACGAGUACGAGAACGAGAGGCCUCCUGACAGCGAGACGAAGAUGUAGGGACCAAAGUUUUGUUAGAGCUUGCACACAUUCUUAGUCAAACCAUCGUGCUGCAUUGAACCACAUUCUUAACUAAGCUCCUCUUAAUUUGAAAACCUUCCUCACACAAGAUGGGAGGAUUCAAAUUAAAUGUAUCUACAGCUAGAAUAUAUUUCAGCCAAGAUGACUUCCUCUAAGGUGUGAGGUGUGGACCUUCCUGACGCACUGCGCACUUGAAAUGGUUCACUGUUGCACUGUUUUUCUAAGGUGUUGUGCUGUCACGCUUCCUAAGAGUACUAUAUUUAUCUGCCAUAGGAUGGCAGCUGUUUACUAUUAAAAAUGAACUACUCUAGAGCCUGGUGGUCCAUGGCAUGCAUGCCAUAUCCAACUUCUCUCAGAACUGUGGUGACUAAUUUUACCCACUAGAGGUCAGUAUUGCUGUGAGUCUUAACACCACCGCUGAUUAGAUCCCAUACUGGUACAGACUUUUUCUGGCUUUAAAAUAGUUGCUGUUGUUUUGUUUGAGUGCUGUUGUGUAUGGAAAAAUAUUAGUGAAAUGGUAGCAAAAAUCUGUCUGGAAACUGAUGUGAAAGGUGUUGGACAUCAUGCACAUGCACUGGGUUGACCAGGCCAACUACUUUGAGGAAAAAGGGCUGUCUAUUUACAAACUUCUGUACAGAGAUCAGUGGCUUUAUUUUCUGUGAUUUGAUGUACAGAUUCAACUGAACAGAUGAAUGAUGUCAUGUAUUUUAAGGCACACAUACUGUUGUCCCCUAAAUGUCUAAACCAGGAAGUGCCGUUGUUAGAUAAACAAAGCUGUCAGAGCAUCUUGGCAACUAUCCCUCAAACCAAUCAUUACAAUCAUUAAAACUGACAAAACAAAGUUUUAAGCCAUUAUAUUUCAACCAAAAAAAACCCAAAAAUAUUGUUCAAAUUUCUGUCCAAUUUAAUUAAACCAUACCUGCCGGGGCCCAGGCAAAUUGCUAUCCUAGACAAUAAUGCAGUUCUGUUUCAAAAGGAAGAUCGUAAUGAUUUUUUGUUCUGAUUUAUUCUAAUGCUAAUUGCGUGUCAAUCCCUUACACUGACCCUCUAACACGGGCACAGAACUGAACAUUAUUUGGUUGAAACAUGAAACAUCAGUAUGAAAUAUUUGUUUUAGUAAAAUGGUAGUCAGGGAUAUAUCAUUUUAAAGUUUUGUUAGACCAUACUCAAGUCUUGUAAAUUCUCAAUUGAGCUGUGUUUAGAUAAUAAAAUCUAACGAGAAUGUCCUUUGAUUUAAUGCAUAUUGUAAAGUCGUGGAUUUCACCAUCUUUUAUUUUAGCUAGCUUGAAUCUGUAAUUGUUUUGCAUUUGAGCUAGUUCAGUAUAACAAAUGUAGCAUUUACAUAGAAGUUGCUUUGUAUAGAAGAUUUUUCAGAAUAUACUGGUCUUGUAUAGAGAAAUGUAGAUAAAUCUGUACAUUUAUUGUAGAAUCUAAUUGUAAAGGGUUACUUGAGGAUAUUGUGUGUAAAGAUGCUGUAACUCUUAUCAAACCUAGAGACCAAACUAACAAUCCCUUUUGUUCCUUUUACAAACGCAAAACUGGUUGAUUUAAAGGACCAAAUGUUUUCCUUUACACACCUGAGGAAAUGGAAUAGUUCCUUUGUUUACAGUUGCUGGUGUCUCUCUUGAUACACAUGUGAGUGCACACACACACACACACACACACACACACACACAUACACAGACACACACACACACAAGUGGAUAAUAGUUGUACUUUUAUCUUGCAUGGGUUUUUUUUAAUAAAAAAAUGAAAUCAU